UAAAAAAAAAAAUAAAAGAUAAAAAAACUUAAUAAAAAGUUAAAAAAAAAUCAACAAAUAGAUUCCUCUCCAGGACUUGGUUAGCAAUAUCCAGCAACAACAAGACACAUACAACAUAAAAUACAUGCUUUCAACGCACAACAAAGUCUCACAGGUGCUGCUUUCACGCCUCUCACCAAACACACAACUGCUUAAUAAAGUAAAAACUGAAAGUAAACAACAAAAAAAAACAUACAUACAAACAAAAAACUACAAAAAAUAGCAAAUACUAAGGAUAAGCAAAAUCAAAAACAGACUUUAAAAGCAAGCAAAUAGAUUACGCUCACUUAAGCACGAGCGAGCGGCGCUCUCAUUCCUUAAGUCGCUCGUAUUUAUUUGCACCUCGGCGUCACAACAACAAAAAGUGAGUUAAGGAAUUUCUUAACUCAUCUUCCUAUAAAAAUUAGACUCCCUCACCUAGCUAGAGCUAAAGCUAAGAGAGAGCAAUAGCGGCUAGCAAGAAGAGAGGAAGCAAUUAGAAACAAAGUAUAAUAAUUAGUGCUAAAAAGAGAGCAAGGGAAACAAUCACUUUCACUGCUGCGCGUAAAAUCUUGAGAGUGAAAGUGGACUUAAUAAAAAGUGAGCGUAAUCGCACACGACCCUCGUAAAAAAAUGAGAGUGGCAAGAAAAACUUAGGACUAGCAAUAACAAAGUCAUAGCACUUAACAAGAAAGAAACUUAGAAAGACCAGAACGAGUUCGAGAACACAUUUUGCGUUUUGUGUUCGUGUGGGUGUGCAAAAGCAAAAAAAAAAAACGAUUACUACUACAACAACACCAAAUUUCUUCAAACAACUUGAAACGCAAUGUCCGCCAACGAGGCUGGGGACGGCGCUGCUGAGGCGUCCGCUAUGACCAACGGCGUUUCGGCUAACGAGUCAGCACCUUCGCCGGCACCUUCACCAGCGCCGCCGGCUACGUCAUCGCCACCGCCAACAGCACUGUCGCAGCAGCAGCCGCAGCCAUCAACAGCUAUGGACGAUGGCAACGUAACGGCACAAAUUAGUUCUGCUGCACAGUUCGAAGGUGGCGUUUCAACAUACGGUGCGGUCAAACAGUUUAACGAAGCGAAAAAUAACAACAACAGCAACACUGAUUAUACGAAAUCGAACGGCUAUCAUCACAGCCCGAAUAAUCACUACAACAACAACAACAGCGCUAAUAAUUUUGACAACACUGGCAGUCCAUUAAAAAGUCAGCAACAACAACGUGGUGUGGGCCGUGAGACCAGCUUUCAUCCCAUACAACAGCAUCACUUACGUCAAGCGGAGGACAGUGAUAAUGAAGAUUACGAGCUGCAAGGUGCUGCUGGUGGCUUAAGCGGUGCUCCGAUCGGUGAUUAUUGGCAACAACGUAACGGUAUUGUCGGCGCACCGGCCAGCGGACGUCAAAGUCGCGCUCUAAGUCCCACAUACAUCGAUAAUAUGAGCGAGAAUUCGGAGCAACCGCCCGUAGUGCCACUCGUACGCUCCAAAUCCCGGCCAGAGUUAUCGUCCAAUGCGCAUUUGAAUUCCGCAAUGAGCGCCGCUAGUCGCUAUAAUAAUCUCUCGUACUGGAAGGCGCGUCGUGUGGUCUUCUAUCGCAAUGGCGAUCCCUUCUUUCCGGGCGUGGAGUUACGUUAUCGUCCUGGUCGCGAUAUCACAUCGUUGGAUAGUUUGUUGGAUAAGAUUUCGCCUAAAAUGGAUUUGCCACGUGGCGCCCGUUAUGUGUUCUCGAUGGACGGUGAUCGCAAGUAUCAUUUGGAUGAGCUCGAAGAUGGCGCUUCGUAUGUGGUGUCGUCGUUCAAGGCGUUCAAGAUACGGCGACUGUUCCAACUCCACCAACUAUUCCAAUUCCUGGGCAUUGUUCGGUCAUUACGCCGCAAAUAAUCAAACUCUCGAUUUUCGAUUUGGAAGAUGUCCAAAUAAAAUCGGCUCUAUAUUUGAACGUCACUGAAUUCGAAAAUCAAACUGUCGGUCAAUUUCUCGAUUACUUGGAAAAUGUACAGCAUAUCUCUUUGAGUUCACAUACUGCAUCCGUAAGAUCUUUGAAUCCACCUAAAGAUGUCUCGCCUUUCACCACUAUACCUCUAACGACACCAUUGUGUCAAGCAAUCGAUGUAUUGUAUGAUGUAUCGAACGCUGAUCGACUAUACACAUUAUUUGUAGGAGUGGAACGGACUCCACGACAAGCAUUAGUGAGAAGAUUUUCGAGAGGUCUUGUUAUCGACAAUCGCACGGGUCUCUUCAAGAUGGGCAACUUGUCGCCAGUCAUCUUCGACAAGACCUAUCAGCCAGUUGAAGAUCCUCCAACGCCAAGCGUCGUAAUCGAAAAGCACAUUAUCGAAACGGUUCAUACCAAAGAAUCGACAGCAUCCAUUCAAAAUGGAUUUUCCGCUGAAAUAUCAGCAUAUAUCAUAUCAGUGAAGGCGGAAUAUUCAAAAGAAAAAAGUUCCACGUCGAAGAAUUCAAAGAAAACACGCAAUGCAGUCGUCUCACUAUUAAACAAGAAAACAGGAUUGUAUGUGGACGAAAGAAAAAUAGAUGUGGACCCGUCAUUCGUCGAGGAGCUUUAUUCCAUCGUUGACGACAAAAACUUAUCAUCGUACGAUCGUACGAAACUUGUCGUCAAGUUAUUGAACCGUUACGGAUGGUACGUAACGAAUCAAUUUACUCUUGGAGGACGACUGGACGUCGUCAAAUCAUUGAAUGAAUCAAGUGCCUCGAAUGAGGCAAAAGAACUGGCCGCUUUAGAAACAAAGUUGGGUGCGGCAUAUGGUGCAUUUGGUGCAAGUGUGGGCGCUUCUUAUAAAAAAGGUUCGAGAUCUGUUGACACGACAUCGUAUUUUUCAUCUGAUGAACGUAUCACGUCAACGGUAGAUGGAGCCACAGACAUAGCGUCUUUCAUGAAAAAUGUGGAAAUCAAAGAAAAUUGGCGGAUCAUCGCAUUGGAUAAUACUGUACCGACCUACAAAUUCUUAUUAAGAAAUCACAGUAAUUUGUUUGCUGAAAUUCGACGAUUGAUCAUAAGCAACGUUCAUCAUCAAUCCAUCAGCAACUUGCAACCCCAUAUAAAUAUGUUGCAAUUGGUGAAUGAUAUAUGGGACAAUUAUGUUAAGCCUUUCUGAGCGAAUAGGAUUGGGAAAAAAUUCAAUUAAGCGCAAUCCAACUUGUCUUAAAAUGUUUCGUAUCUUUAUUUUCAAUAAAAGAAUGCUCAGUUUAUAACUUUA